AGCGGAGAGAAAGGGGACGGAUGAGUGCCCAGUGCCCCACACACAAUGGCAGCUGUCUCCAGCCCAUUUCCCUCUCUCCCAAACCAAACCAAACCAAACCAAAUCCCCACUCUCGAUCCCUUCUUUGCUAUAAGUAUCCCCUACACUUCUCUCCUCUCUCCUCACCCCUUUACUUUCCUCCACCCACCGUCUCCCUCAACGAUACCCAAGUGCGAGAAACAGAGACCAUCGAUCAUGUCUCUCUUUUCCUUCUUGUUUUUCUUUCUUCUUCUGACCCACACCUUGUUUACUGCCUCCUCUGCACUUUCCUCCCCCGCAACACCAGUCCAAACACUGGACAUAAAUCCCCAAUACUACAACCCCAAGCUCCCACCCAGAACUCUCUCUUCCUCCAAGAAAUUCGAGGGCUCUUCCAACCUCGUCAACCUCCGCUACCACAUGGGUCCCGUCCUCUCCUCCCCCAUCAACAUCUACCUCAUCUGGUACGGCAAAUGGACCCCAACCCAACAGCUCCUCAUCAAGGACUUCCUCCUCUCCAUCUCCACCUCCAACCACCGCGCCGCGCCCUCCCCCUCCGUCUCCGACUGGUGGCAAACCGUCUCCCUCUACACCGACCAGACCGGCGCCAACAUAUCCCGAUCCGUCCUCAUCGCCGGCGAGUACUCCGACCGCGUCUACUCCCACGGCACCGAUCUCACCCGCCUCUCCAUCCAGCAAGUCAUAGCCUCCGCCGUCCGAUCCAAACCCUUCCCCGUCGAUCACAAGAACGGGAUCUACCUCAUCCUAACCUCCGAGGACGUCACCGUACAGGAUUUCUGCCGUGCAGUUUGCGGGUUCCACUACUUCACCUUCCCGUCCAUGGUGGGCUACACCCUGCCCUACGCCUGGGUGGGAAAUUCGGGAAAGCAAUGCCCGGAAGUGUGUGCGUACCCGUUUGCAAUUCCGGGUUACAUGGCGGGCGGUGGGGCGAGUGCGCUGUCCCCACCGAAUUCGGACGUGGGCGUGGACGGGAUGAUCAGUGUGAUAGGUCACGAGCUAGCAGAGCUAUCGUCGAACCCGCUGGUGAACGCUUGGUAUGCGGGUGAGGACCCGACCGCCCCGACAGAGAUAGGGGAUUUGUGUGAGGGUUUGUACGGAACGGGUGGUGGGGGCGGGUAUAUAGGGCAGGUGAUGAGGGAUAAAGCGGGUCGGAGUUAUAAUCUGAAGGGGAGGAGGGGUAGAAAGUUUUUGGUACAGUGGAUUUGGAGCCCUGUGUUGAAGGCUUGUGCUGGUCCAAAUGCCUUGGACUGACUGACACUGAGACUAGUCUUUAAAUUCUUUCUUUCUUU